CGAGCCGCAGCGUGCAGCAGCACUAGCCGCUGGGCGCGCAGGAGAAGCCGCAAAAAACCAAACCAGCUCUCAGCCGCUACCGGAACCCGAGGAGAGCAGAGGACCGGACCCUCAGAGGCACGAGGCCAGAGAUCCAAAAUGGGAGGCAAGCUCAGCAAAAAGAAGAAGGGAUACAACGUAAACGAUGACAAGGCCAAAGACAAGGAUGCCAAAGCAGAGGGGGCCUCUGCUGAGGAGAGCGAAGCACCGAAAGACAACAAAGACGAGGCCCCGGCUGCCACCGACGCUAAGGAGGUAGCGAACGACACGGCGGCCAAGGAGGCGCCGGCGGCAGACGCUGCAGCGCCCAAGGAGGAGGAAAAGAACGCCACUCCCGCCGCCAAGGAGCCCGAGAAACCUGCCGCCAACGCCGAGCCGAAAACAGAGGCGCCCAAAACCGCAGAGCCCGCCAAGGCUGAGGAGAAACCAGCGGCCCCGGCCAAAGAAUCGGCCCCCGCCGCCAAGGAGCCCGAGGCGAAGGCAGCGGCGCCUGCCCCGGCGGCUGAGAGCAAAGAUGAGGCCGACGCCAAAAAGACUGAGGCCCCCGCGGCACCAGCAUCCAAAGCCGAGGUGGCCGCCUCCGCUGACCCCAAGCCCACAGAGGCGGCGGCAGCGGCUCCUGCACCAGUAAAGGAGGCCGCCGCCGCAGCCCCUAGUUCAACACCAGCCGCCGAGCCUCCCGCCAAGGAGGCCAACGCCACAGAGGCACCAAGCAAGGAUCAAACCGUAGCAGUUCAAGAUUAAUGGACAGCUUCUUUUCGGAAAUGAAAAAAAAAAAGUACCUAACUCAACAACGAUGAAGAUUAAAAAAAAAAAAAAAAAAAAAAAAAAAAGAAAUUAACUAGCCCACCCAUAUUAUGAUAAUAACAAUAAUAAUAAUAAUUGUAAUGAUAAUGAAUUGUUGAUUGAGGAGGACUGGAGCAACCACCUGGAGAAGUUUCCCACACCUGCAGAUGAUUAUUGCUAUUAUUAUUGUUAUGUUUUACUCUAUUUUUUUCUGCUGUAGUAUUUGAACUUUGAUACGAGUCUGUGUUGACCAUAUAUCUCCUCGCCUCGCCAUUCCACAUCCAUCAUCUCUCUCCUUCAUACGUCAAGAUGUUUGACCUAACUCCCAUCUCAGCUCUCAGUAGGCCUGUGUUAAACAUUCACCUGCAGCUCUGUGGAUUUCAGAAUAUCCACAUUUGGGGGAAAUGGGAAGGAGGGAAGGCGGGGGUUUGAGAAAUCACUUUACCAGCUGGACUUCCAUUAUAUCCGUCCACUCUUCAUGCUCUCGGCUUUGGCCUGGGGCCUCCAGUUUUUCUUUGCCCUGGAAUUGUGGUUCCUUUCUAACCCAUCCUCCCCCUGGCUUUUUGGUACCGUUGGGUUGUGUUGCUACAUAUUUUCCUCUUGGCGGUUACACGCCACUUUCUCUAUACGGCAAUAAAUUGACCCUUUAAAAGGGAGUUUAAAUCUUAUGUGAGGACUGAGAAUGCUCUGGCUUCCUAAGACAUUUCGGAGGUUGAACAAAGCAGACUUUGCAGAGCAAAACACAUUCUUAGACGUAUAAAAACAGUCGUAGGAAUUUUUUCAGAUAAACUUCUAGAUUUUGUACUGAAACCCUUAGCUAUAUUGUAAGUGAACUAAGAGGUUUUUUAACAUUUGUAAAACACUUGUAAAAUCUGCAAAGCCUCGCUGUAAAGAUCCCCCUCAGUGUUCUUAGAAAGUCUGAUAGAAAUCUCUGAUCCUCCAAACAAAUCUGAUGACAAAUUUGUUUCAGAAGACAUAUCUACUGCUGACCUUGGUGAGAUAGGCUUAACGAGCUCGUCCUUCAGUUGGAUCUUGCUUAGAACUCUUAAGUUGAUGACGUUAAUUGCAUCAUCAGGAGACGUCUGGAGUUAAAGCUCUUUUCUGUGAUUGUCUUCUGUUUCUGGAUGGCAAAGGGAUUCAAAUCCUUCACUUACCUAAGUAAAAGUAGACAUACUUAGAUAUACAGUAUAUAUAUAUAUAUAUAUAUAUAUAUAUAUAUAUACAGUAAGUAAAAGUCCUACAUUCUACUUAAGUCAAGGAUUAGCAGAAAAAUAUACUUAAGAAGCAAAAGUAUAGGGUUAAAGUAUGUUGAUAUAGUGGACAGUGAUAGAAAGUGGUGAUUACCACUUGUUGCCGUUGCCCCCCCCCCCCCCCCC